AUGUCUGAUUCUUUGAUUCGCUGUUUAUCUCCACGCGAAAUGCUUUUGUCAAGUAAUCGAUUCGAGCGGUUUGUUUUUGGCUACAUCAUACCUGUACUUAUUAUGAUCGGUUUGACGGGAAACAUGCUGAACUUCAUGGUUUUACUAGCACAACCAAUGAGGAAACGGACGUGGCUUCUUUCUUGCUUGGCAGUCUGUGACAUAUUCUUCCUUUUUUUCAUGUUGCCACACACAUUGGCCCAUUAUGAACUGUUCACCUUCAAUUACACAUUCCGAGAGCUUUAUCUCAGUUACAAAACCCAUCUGCUUGCCUUCACCAAUUGGGCAUCUGCUGCUGCUGUUUGGUUGAUUUUGUUUAUUUGUUUCGAGCGCCUUAUUGGUGUUCGUUAUCCAUUCUUGAUUCGGCGAUACGGUAUUGAUAGCACAGUAUCCCGACAAGCACUUAUCCUUUUUGUAGUAAUGCUGACGGGAUUUUUGACUAUUUACAUGCAUUUCAGCUAUGUUACAGUAAUGAAGCCUUUCUGUAACAACACUCAAAUAUAUGCAUUUCACAUACCUAUUGGUGCAACAGUAUGGCCAGGAAAUCGUACGAAUCCAAGCCCAUAUUGGUUAAGAGAAUUGAUCUUAUGGAACACAAGGAUACAUGAGUUACUUGUUGUUUUUAUUCCUACCAUUAUUAUUAUCAUUGCUAAUGCUCUGUUAAUAAUAACGCUCAAAGCUAGAACAAAGUAA